GUAGGAUUUAGCAGACUCACCCACCUCAAUCCGACUGCCUCUGCCUCUCAUAAUUUGUUUACCUCUUUCCCACACGGCCUCACUCAAGGCCUCACUCAAAUUUAAAUUCCUUAUUAAAAUAUUGCAUAAUAUACUCUGCCGUGUGAAAUAAUUACAAUGGUUCUAGCCAAGAAAUUGCAUUUCUUCAUUAUCCUUACUUCAGUCCACAGGCAGCAGUUCACUAAAACAAUUUCCAGUGAAGGCUUUCCGUGAGUGAAGUAAUAAUCAGGAAUUUCGUUUUCGUCGGGUCUUUACGAGAACGAGUGAAGAUAAAUAAUAUCCAAAAAGUAAUAUUCGGAAUUGUUCGGACGUGCUGCAACUGGGAAAGAAAAGUUAAAUAUACAACUUUUGCCAAGACGUUGACAUCUGUAAACAAGUCAUAAGUGUGUCAUGUAUGAAUGAUUUGUGAGCUCUUCCAAAUUAAAAAUAAGAACAUUUAACACUUUCAAAAAAACCUCGGUGUUUCAAAUUUUAAACAAAUAGCACACAGCUUGAAAGUCACCUUUUAAAAGCAAUACUCUUUUUCUUCCAUUGAAGAAAAACACACAGGAGGAAACGAAUAUAUUAUAAUACUUAUACAUUUGGAACACUAAGUCAGUCAGUCAGUCAUAACAAAUGUUUAACUAAGUAAUUUUGUGGUACAUUAUAGCUAUUCAAGUAGGCUUAAUCCAACCUCUAUAUGUAAUUACAUUAGCAUUUAAUUUGCGCAACAGUACACUAACCACUUAACAGUCAGUCAGUUAUUCCAAUUGCAAGAGUGAUUUUAAACACAUCAGUGUCGGUAUCUCAAAAGUCCAGCGUCAUAACUUAAUACUCGGUACAUUUUUUCCCAAAAUAAUGGCGACACAAUUGGCAGCACGUGAAGAUACAGGCGUGAAGAUGACCUCUGCUUCAGCAGCCCAAGAAUUUUCAUUGGUUCCCAAGAUCAUAAAUGGAGGUAUUGCUGGAAUCAUAGGCGUGUCCUGCGUCUUUCCACUGGAUUUAGUCAAAACCAGGUUGCAAAACCAACAGGUUGGUCCAAAUGGAGAGAAAAUGUACAGUUCCAUGGUCGACUGUUUUAAGAAAACCUACAGGACUGAGGGAUAUUUUGGCAUGUAUCGAGGUUCUGGGGUUAACAUUCUUCUUAUUACACCAGAGAAGGCAAUAAAACUUGCUGCAAAUGAUUACUUUCGACAUCAUCUCAAAACUAAGGAUGGUCGACUUCCAGUGACUAGAGAAAUGUUAGCCGGAGGAUCCGCUGGUUUUUGUCAAAUUAUUAUUACAACCCCCAUGGAAUUAUUAAAAAUUCAAUUGCAAGAUGCUGGUCGAGUCGCUGCUCAGGCAAAAUUAGCUCCAGCAACAGCAGGAGGAGGAGUUGCAGCACCCGUUCAAAAACUCUCUGCGACAAGUAUUGCGUUGGACCUAAUCAAAACUAAAGGAAUCACUGGAUUGUAUAAGGGAACUGGAGCUACAAUGCUGCGUGAUGUGUCAUUCUCAGUUAUUUAUUUCCCAUUGUUUGCAAAUCUCAACAACUUGGGGCCGAGAAAGGCUGGCAAGUCGGAUGAAGCAGUAUUUUAUUGGACAUUCCUAAGUGGUAUGGCUGCUGGAUCUAUCUCUGCAGCCGCAGUAAACCCAUUUGAUGUUGUCAAAACCAGACUUCAGCUAUUGAAGAAGGCCAAAGGAGAGGCAUCUUACGCAAACGUCCCAGACGCUUUUGUGAAAAUCAUGAAACAUGAGGGACCGUCUGCCUUCCUCAAGGGUGCUGCCUGUCGCAUGAUCGUCAUCGCUCCUUUAUUCGGAAUUGCACAGAUGGUGUACUUCUUUGGCGUGGCAGAAUUUCUUCUUGGGGUCAAAAAGUAGAACAAACUAGAACAAUUCAAUCACAUUUAGAUGUUUUACCAAAAAAAUACAAAAAACUUGAAACAUCCCACUAAACAGUUUAGUUUUACAAAAUUAGCAACGCAACAUAAACGCUAGCAGUUUUGCGAAAUAGUGAUGGUAGCAACAAUUAUUACAGAUCGGACUUUUACAUGCCGGACCAGACAAUAAUACCAGGAGAUUUUAUAUAGCUGAUAUCAUGCAUGUCGAUGAUAAGAUACCUGUAUCUACUAAACAAACAGAUUGAUAAAUAUGAAGCUGUUGAGAAGAUUGCUUUAGUUUUUUAUUGCGACUUGUUUUUCCUACUACUACAUUGAAUGGUACUAAACUUUGUUUCAUGGUGCUAAACCAAAUAUUUUUUUUUGUGAUUUGUGAUUAAUAAUUAUCUGAUGACAUGGUGGGUACAACUGUUAAUUUUAGUUUAAUUUUCGAUACUGUAUCGAAAAUUAAAUCAUUCAUUCAUUCAUUCAUUCAUUUUAUAUCUAUUAAUAUAAAAUGAAUAUUAAUAGAUUUAUAGAACAGUAUUGUGAAUUGCUAAAAUUGUGUUCCUCUUUUAAAUAAUGUGCGAAACCAAGCAUCAAUUAUGAAUUGAGAUUAUCAAACACAUGUAAACUAUAUAAUUACUCUCUUGCUCAGCUUGCAGGAACAUUCCGACGACAAUAAAGGCUUGUGAUGAUGGUUUAA